GUUUGGUCAAGCAGGGACACCAUACAAUUGAAACUGACCACAGCUCAUCAGGUGGUUGAGCAGUGUGAGGUAGGUAGUUUACAUCUGGAAUAAAGAUUUGUAUCUGUGCAAUUAAUCUCAGCCGCGCUGGACAGGAGACUGAUUUUUGUGAGUAUGUUUACGAAGUAAUAAAACACAAUUUUCACCUCCAUUUUCGGAUUCUCAGGCAAUUUAGGUUGUUGCACACCGCGUUCAGCCAAGGGUGUGCAACAUCAUAAAUUGUCCGAAAAUGGUGGUGGAAAAUUGUUUUAUUAAGACAGUACACAUUUUUACCCGUUUUUUUUCUUCCGGCGGCUCGCCGUUAAGGCUAGCUAGUUAAGGAGGAAAAUGAGGCCUUUGCAGCCUGAAUGGAUGCUUUUUGUACGAGGCGGUCCACAGUGAACAGGAGUGUAUUACCAGGAAUGCACAUCAAUCCUAGACGUGUGACACGCAUUUGACCCUCUUUUCACGCUCUUUCUAAUUAGUCCAUUGUGUCAGCGUGUUAAAUUUGAACUGCGCUCCAAAUCGUUUUGAAAUCGGAGCAUCUGCGCCUGCAAUUUAACAUGACGAGCGGAACCUUUAUCAUUGUCCUGUCUGACGCCACAGCGCUGAUAACCGCGACACGUUGAAGCAUAUGAUUGGUCUAGUUAUGGAAGGGAUCAAGGGGAUUGGAUGCAUGUUUUAAAGAAACGCCCCUCAACAUUAGUGUGGGGUUGAAUGGAGAGAGAGAUCGUUCUCCACUGACUUUAUAACACUGUAAAAAGAGCAGCACCGUAGUGGUGUUUAAUGUACAAUGUUGUUAACAAAGUUAGAUUGCUGUUACUCCCGUCUCUAUUGCAGAAUGCAGCCUUUUAACAGCAUGUACUAAAGUAGAUUUAAUCGACAUUUGCAUAAAUCUCCUCGUUUGGUGAUUGGGGUUUAGGCCGUGACAACGAUCAGGCAGCUGACAGACCUACAGGAUGUUUUACGAUCAGGCAGCUGACACACCUACAGGAUGUUUUACGAUCAGGCAGCUGACACACCUACAGGAUGUUUUACGAUCAGGCAGCUGACAGACCUACAGGAUGUUUUACGAUCAGGCAGCUGACAGACCUACAGGAUGUUUUACGAUCAGGCAGCUGACAGACCUACAGGAUGUUUUACGAUCAGGCAGCUGACACACCUACAGGAUGUUUUAGCAGGAAGUUCGGUGACCUGAUUUGGAACUAUGAAAAUAAUUUUGUCAAACAGGUUGUGAACCCAAAAGUGUAAGUUUGAUUCUAGAGGGGGGACAAUAGAUAGGAACAUAAUUUGGUUAGGGUUUAGGGGCAGAUUCAUGUCAUCUAGUCUUCAGGAUAUUUUAUUAUCUAUUUACUUUAUUUAGUCUGAUCAGUGGAACAAUUCUCAUUCUUAACAAUGGGCUAUAACAUUUACAUUACAUUUGAGUCAUUUAGCAGACGCCCUUAUCCAGAGCGACUUACAGUUAGUGAAUACUUUUAUUUUUAUUUUUAUACUGGCCCCCCGUGGGAAUCGAACCCACAACCCUGGCGUUGCAAACGCCAUGCUCUAUCAACUGAGCUACAUCCCUGCCGGCCAUUCCCUCCCCUACCCUGGACGACGCUGGGCCAAUUGUGCGCCGCCCAUGAGUCUCCCGGUCGCGGCCGGCUGCGACAGAGCCUGGAUUCGAACCAGGAUCUCUAGUGGCACAGUUAGCACUGCGAAGCAGUGCCUUAGACCACUGCGCCACUCAGGAGACGUUUAUAAUAUAAUACAGUUUAUAAUAUAGUGUGCUUGUCAGCAAGAACACUGUUAUUCCCCAUAUAUAUGUUAUUAUUCCACUUCUUCCCAGUGUUGCCAGUGUAAUCACAUAGGAAAUCUGACAUGCCUACUUGUGUCUUUUAAAAAUGAUUUAUAUGAGGAUAUGUAUUUUUGCAGCCAUUCAUGGACAGUUUUGAAUAAGUCAUACAAAUAAGCAUUGGAUAUUAAACUGCUCCAGGAAUCAAAUAUCAUUUUGGACAUUUUAGUACCGUGUACAUGCUAAGCAGAGACGGUAGGGGGCCUCACAACUCAUAAACAUCAUAUCGUGUCUGUGCAGAGUAAGGUGAAGACUGGGAUCUUCAACUAGUAGGAAUAAACCACCUGAAUAUUUAUAUUCAUUAGAUUUUUCUUGAAGGUUGGGUGAUUUAGAGACAUUUGCCCUAUUUUAAAGAGAUAGUUCACCCAAAAUACAAAAUGUUUGCGACCUUACCAUGAAAGCAUCUCUACAAGGACACUGCAAUCAAUCUAUGAUUUGGUUUACCAACGGCCAUCAACCAUUAAUAUAAAAAUGUCCUGUGCAGAGCCUUGGCGUAGUGAUAACACUCCCCUCCCCUGUGCAUACAACUUAACACCUGAGAAUAGAGUUUCAUCCCUGCUUCCGGCCUUCCCACGGUUUCUAACAUUAGCCUGUCUCCCUAUCUCAUUUCAUUACUGUCUGAACAAAGUGACAAACCCACGUAAAAAAAAAAUAUGUUUACAAAAUAUUAGCAUACGUAAAUGUAAAAAUCUCAAAGUAACAAAGUCAUCAAAUGUUGAAUGUUCAUUUAAUGUUCAAAGCAUCCACCUGACCUGUGGUUUUUAUUCCCCCCCUGGUCACAGGCCUAAGCCAUGUCAAAAUACGUAGAAUUGCAGGAAAUGAGCUAUAAAACAGUAAAAUGUUCCUGAUGGAGGACCCCAGUCCCCCAUCCAGGGGUUGUGUCAGGGGGCAGUGAAAUUCACAUAGCAAAUCUCACUCCAAGGUUUCUUCAUAAGUUGGUAGCCCUGAGAUAGCGCAGAUCUAGCAGCCAGUAUCAGCUGCCUAGGCUGCUGAGUGUGAAGUCGUGCGCACAAAUAUAAUUACUGUGUAAGAUUUUCAAAGUUAUUGUGCACCAAUAUCUGAAAACAUCAUUCAAGAGUAAAGUAGCCUAGUUAGAUUCAGAUAGCCUUUUAUCAUUGUAUUGCUCUGUUAGUUCCAGUGGCGUUCAGGUUGUAAAAAUGUCUGUAUUUCUAAAGAUGUAGGUUCAGUUUUAGGCUACAGGUUAUACUUUCGACCCCAUCGACAGGUUAGAGAUAGAUUUGACACUGCUGUGUGUGUGUGUGUGUGUGUGUGUGUGUGUGUGUGUGUGUAGUGGGAUGGACGGGGACCAUAUAACCACCCUGUGUACUCCUGUCAUGGUUGUGGAUGUUGAUAUAGUGAAGAGGAAUGCUGAGAAAAUGAGAGAACGUUGGACCAAGCUAGGAGUCACACUACGACCACACAUGAAGACACACAAGACCCUGUAAGACACACACACACACACACACACACAAGACCCUGUAAGACACACACACACACACACACACACACACAAACACAAUAAGAGACCAGAACUGUGUGUGUGUGUGUGUGUGUGUGUGUGUUGUGAGUGUGGUGAUAUAAUGACAGGUGGGUCUAGGAGUUGUAUCGUCGUGUCAACACUGGCAGAAGCCAGUUUCUAUGCCGACCACGGAUAUGACGACAUCCUGUAUGCCUACUCUGUUCCCUUUGACAAGGUACACACCCUAACCCCUCCACACUACACCCUAACCCCUCCACACUACACCCUAACCCCUCCACACUACACCCUAACCCCUAGACACUACAUAACCCGCUACCCCUACACUAACUACACCCUAACCCCUCCACCAUACACACACUAACCCUAACCACUACACAAACCCCUAACCCCUCCACACUACACCCUAACUUCCAUAAACAACCCUAACCCCCUACACCACCUACAAAACCAAUACCCAACCCCUAACACCCUCCCACACUACCUACCCUAACCCCACCAACCACUCACACACACCCUAACCCCUCCACACACACCUAACCCCUCCACUACACCCUAACCCACUCCACACUACACCAACCCUAACCCCUCCACACACACCCUAACCCCUCCACACUACACCCUAACUCCAUCACACACCCCUAACCCCUACACCACCUAACACACCCUAACUUCCAUACACACCCUAACCCCUACACACUACACCCUAACCCCUCCACACUACACCCUAACUUCCAUACACACCCUAACCCCUCCACACUACACCCUAACUUCAAUACACACCCUAACCCCUACACACUACACCCUAACUUCCAUACACACCCUAACCCCUACACACUACACCCUAACCCCUCCACACUACACCCUAACUUCCAUACACACCCUAACCCCUCCACACUACACCCUAGCUUCCAUAGUGGAGGGUAAGUGCUGUUUACACACCUUUUUUAAUGAACCUACCUUUUGCUGAGAAAUGCAUGAAAAGUCUUGUUACGUUAAUCACUGCAAACGGCGGCCAGCGUUUUGCUACUACCUCAUUGCCUACACACUAACUGUACAGCUAGCUGCUACUUACCUACUCUGUGCCCUUCCACUAUCUAUCCAACACCAUUAAACUGUGCCUGUGUGUGCCUGUGUGUGCCUGUGUGUGCCUCUGUGCGUGUCUGUGUGUGUGUGUGCCUGUGUGUGUGUCUGUGCGUGUCUGUGUGCGUGUGUGUGUGUGUGCCUGUGUGUGCCUGUGUGUGCCUGUGUGCGUGUCUGUGUGUGCCUGUGUGUGUGUGUGUAAGGUUGAGCGCUGUGCCGUGCUGGCAGAGCGUCUGUCUCUGUUCCAGGUGUUGUUGGACCACAGAGAUGCUCUGGAGGAGCUGAGGAAGAGCCCACUGACAGACGGAGGGGUGUGGCACGUCUGGCUCAAACUGGACUGUGACAACGGAAGAGGUGAGAGCGGGUUCUAGAAUGUUAGAAUGUUCUAGAACGCUAUUAUGGCGUUCGAGAAUGCUUUGCUGUUCUGUUCCUUCAGACCUGGGUCAACAGUAUGUCAAAUAUCUUAUUGUGUGAAAUAUGCUAUAUAAAUAAAGUUUGAUUUGAUUUUGAAAGUAAGAUACUUGAAAGUAUUCGAGGUGCACUUGAUUGGUUUGGUGUUUACUAUUCCAUUGGUUCCAAAUCAAGUGCAACUGAAGUAUUCGGAAGUAUUUGACCCAGGGGCACGUUCAGAAGGACGCAACGUUUUAUAACGUUCAGAUAGGAAUAUGCUAUGUAGAACAAACAUGCCUCUCUGACACGUAGAAUAAGGAAUCACGGCAGCUCCAUGCCUCUCUGACACGUAGAAUAAGGAAUCACGGCAGCUCCAUGCCUCUCCGACACGUAGAAUAAGGAAUCACGUCAGCUCCAUUCAUGGAAUUUCUAUCCGCAACUUUCAUCAACGUUUGGCUACUGAACGUGGUUCUGGGUUGUGCUACUGAACGUGGUUCUGGGUUGUGCUACUGAACGUGGUUCUGGGUUGUGCUACUGAACGUGGUUCUGGGUUGUGCUACUGAACGUGGUUCUGGGUUGUGCUACUGAACGUGGUUCUGGGUUGUGCUACUGAACGUGGUUCUGGGUUGUGCUACUGAACGUGGUUCUGGGUUGUGCUACUGAACGUGGUUCUGGGUUGUGUUCAGUACGAUAAAAUUGUGUGCAACGUUGACAGUUACUACAUUUUAGUCAUUUAGCAGACGCUCUUAUCCAGAGCCACUUACAGUUAGUGAAUGCAUACAUUUUUCAUACUGGCCCACCGUGGGAAUCGAACCCACAACCCUGGCGUUGCAAGCGCCAUGCUCUACCAACUGAGCUACACGGGACAGAACAAAUUUAUUUUUUACAAUGACGGCCUACCCCGGCCAAACCCGGACGACGCUGGGCCAAUUAUAUGCCGCCCUAUGGGACUCCCAAUCAAGGCCGUAUUGUGAUACAGCCUGGAAUCAAACCGCGGUCUGUAGUGAUGUGAUUUCAAAUGGACACACCCAUAUCGAUCAGGCCACACCCACCAAAGGGGAGCAAACGUACCUUUAAAGGGGGUUGAGGAACGAUGUGCACCGUUUAGGGGAGACGGGCCAUUCAGGACAAACUGUAAUGCAACGUAGCAAACCUUGAAGCGAACUGAACACACCGUGGUUCUGUUUUGUAGCGGGUGUUCUGCACUCGGAGCCAGAGGCACUGCGAUUGGCCCAGGCCAUCUCUGAGUCAGAGGGGGUGGAGCUGGUGGGGGUGUACGCCCACUGUGGGAACACCUAUGGCUGCAGAGGGGCAGAGCAAAUACACGCUGUUGCCCAGGAAACAACCACCCUCGUACUGCAGUUCAUGGAGAAGUAAGACACACACACACACAAAGACACACACACACACACAAAGACACACACACACAAAGACACACACACACACAAAGACACACACACACACAAAGACACACACACACACACAAAGAACACACACACACACAAAGACACACACACACACACAAAGACACACACACACACACAAAGACACACACACACACAAAGACACACACACACAAAGACACACACACACAAAGACACACACACACAAAGACACACACCCACACAAAGACACCACAACCAAAGACACCACACAAGACACACACCCACACACACACACACACACACACACAAUGACAACACCACACACACAAAUGACACACACACACACAAAGACACACACACACACAAGACACAAAGAACACCACACACAAAGACACACACACACACACAAAGACAACACACACACACAAAGACACACACAGACACACACACACACACACACACAAAGGACACACACACAGACACACACACACACACACCAAAGACACAGACACACACACAAAGACACACACACACACACACAAAGACACACACACACAAAGACACACACGAAGACACACACGUCUCUCUCUCUCUCCAGACUAAAGGCUGUGGGUAUCAGCUGUAAGUCCAGUAUAGGCUCCACCCCCUCCUGCAGCCAGCCAAUCAGUGACAUGGCCAAGCUCAGCGAGGUGCAUCCUGGGAACUACGUCUUCUUCGGUCAGUAUGUGUGUGUCCGUGUGUGACCACAAUAGAUCUAUAGUAGUAGAAAGCAGUGUUGUUUUCUGAUUGGCUGCUGUGCUUCCUGUAGACGUGCAGCAGUCUGUGAUUGGUUCGUGCAGUCUGGAGGACGUGGCUGUCAGGGUUCUGAGCAGGGUCAUAGGUCACUCUCCUCACAGAAACCAGCUGCUCCUUGACUGUGGCUGGUCCGCUCUCAGGUACUACAGCUCUAUUAAAUACUGUUGUUACUACUAUAAUACUACUGUCAUAGUACUGUUAUUACUAUAAUACUACUGUCAUAGUACUGUUAUUACUAUAAUACUGCUGUCACAGUACUGUUAUUACUAUAAUAAUACUGUCAUAGUACUGUUAUUACUAUAAUAAUACUGUCAUAGUACUGUUAUUACUAUAAUAAUACUGUCAUAGUACUGUUAUUACUAUAAUACUGCUGUCACAGUACUGUUAUUACUAUAAUAAUACUGUCAUAGUACUGUUAUUACUAUAAUAAUACUGUCAUAGUACUGUUAUUACUAUAAUAAUACUGUCAUAGUACUGUUAUUACUAUAAUAAUACUGUCAUAGUACUGUUAUUACUAUAAUACUACUGUCACAGUACUGUUAUUACUAUAAUAAUACUGUCAUAGUACUGUUAUUACUAUAAUAAUACUGUCAUAGUACUGUUAUUACUAUAAUACUACUGUCACAGUACUGUUAUUACUAUAAUAAUACUGUCACAGUACUGUUAUUACUAUAAUACUAAUGUCAUAGUACUGUUAUUACUAUAAUACUGCUGUCACAGUACUGUUAUUACUAUAAUACUGUCAUAGUACUGUUAUUACUAUAAUAAUACUGUCAUAGUACUGUUAUUACUAUAAUACUGCUGUCACAGUACUGUUAUUACUAUAAUAAUACUGUCACAGUACUGUUAUUACUAUAAUACUGUCAUAGUACUGUUAUUACUAUAAUACUACUGUCAUAGUACUGUUAUUACUAUAAUACUAAUGUCACAGUACUGUUGUUAUUACUAUAAUAAUACUGUCACAGUACUGUUGUUAUUACUAUAAUAAUACUGUCACAGUACUGUUAUUACUAUAAUAAUACUGUCAUAGUACUGUUAUUACUAUAAUACUACUGUCACAGUACUGUUAUUACUAUAAUAAUACUGUCAUAGUACUGUUAUUACUAUAAUACUACUGUCACAGUACUGUUAUUACUAUAAUAUUACUGUCAUAGUACUGUUAUUACUAUAAUACUACUGUCAUAGUACUGUUGUUAUUACUAUAAUACUACUGUCACAGUACUGUUAUUACUAUAAUACUACUGUCACAGUACUGUUAUUAAUAUAAUACUACUGUCAUAGUACUGUUGUUAUUACUAUAAUACUACUGUCACAGUACUGUUGUUAUUACUAUAAUACUGUCAUAGUACUGUUAUUACUAUAAUACUACUGUCAUAGUACUGUUAUUACUAUAAUACUGCUGUCAUAGUACUGUUGUUAUUACUAUAAUAAUACUGUCAUAGUACUGUUAUUACUAUAAUACUACUGUCACAGUACUGUUGUUAUUACUAUAAUAAUACUGUCAUAGUACUGUUAUUACUAUAAUAAUACUGUCAUAGUACUGUUAUUACUAUAAUAAUACUGUCAUAGUACUGUUGUUAUUACUAUAAUAAUACUGUCAUAGUACUGUUAUUACUAUAAUACUACUGUCACAGUACUGUUAUUACUAUAAUAAUACUGUCAUAGUACUGUUAUUACUAUAAUACUACUGUCACAGUACUGUUAUUACUAUAAUAAUACUGUCAUAGUACUGUUAUUACUAUAAUACUACUGUCAUAGUACUGUUGUUACUAUAAUACUACUGUCAUAGUACUGUUGUUAUUACUAUAAUACUACUGUCACAGUACUGUUAUUACUAUAAUAAUACUGUCAUAGUACUGUUGUUAUUACUAUAAUACUACUGUCACAGUACUGUUGUUAUUACUAUAAUACUGUCAUAGUACUGUUAUUACUAUAAUACUACUGUCAUAGUACUGUUAUUACUAUAAUAAUACUGUCAUAGUACUGUUAUUACUAUAAUACUACUGUCAUAGUACUGUUAUUACUAUAAUAAUACUGUCAUAGUACUGUUAUUACUAUAAUACUACUGUCACAGUACUGUUAUUACUAUAAUACUACUGUCAUAGUACUGUUGUUACUAUUAUACUACUGUCAUAGUACUGUUGUUAUUACUAUAAUACUACUGUCACAGUACUGUUAUUACUAUAAUACUACUGUCAUAGUACUGUUGUUAUUACUAUAAUACUACUGUCACAGUACUGUUGUUAUUACUAUAAUACUGUCAUAGUACUGUUAUUACUAUAAUACUGCUGUCACAGUACUGUUAUUACUAUAAUACUGCUGUCACAGUACUGUUAUUACUAUAAUACUACUGUCACAGUACUGUUAUUACUAUAAUACUACUGUCAUAGUACUGUUAUUACUAUAAUAAUACUGUCAUAGUACUGUUAUUACUAUAAUACUACUGUCACAGUACUGUUAUUACUAUAAUACUACUGUCAUAGUACUGUUAUUACUAUAAUACUACUGUCAUAGUACUGUUGUUAUUACUAUAAUACUACUGUCAUAGUACUGUUAUUACUAUAAUACUGCUGUCACAGUACUGUUAUUACUAUAAUAAUACUGUCACAGUACUGUUAUUACUAUACUAAUACUGUCAUAGUACUGUUAUUACUAUAAUAAUACUGUCAUAGUACUGUUGUUAUUACUAUAAUAAUACUGUCAUAGUACUGUUAUUACUAUAAUACUACUGUUACAGUACUGUUAUUACUAUAAUACUACUGUCAUAGUACUGUUAUUACUAUAAUAAUACUGUCAUAGUACUGUUAUUACUAUAAUACUACUGUCAUAGUACUGUUAUUACUAUAAUAAUACUGUUAUUACUAUAAUACUACUGUCAUAGUACUGUUAUUACUAUAAUACUACUGUCACAGUACUGUUAUUACUAUAAUAAUACUGUCACAGUACUGUUGUUAUUACUAUAAUACUACUGUCACAGUACUGUUAUUACUAUAAUACUACUGUCACAUUACUGUUAUUACUAUAAUAAUACUGUCACAGUACUGUUAUUACUAUAAUAAUACUGUCACAGUACUGUUAUUACUAUAAUAAUACUGUCAUAGUACUGUUAUUGCUAUAAUACUACUGUCAUAGUACUGUUAUUACUAUAAUACUACUGUCAUAGUACUGUUAUUACUAUAAUACUGCUGUCAUUGUACUGUUGUUAUUACUAUAAUACUACUGUCACAGUACUGUUGUUAUUACUAUAAUACUGUCAUAGUACUGUUGUUAUUACUAUAAUACUACUGUCAUAGUACUGUUGUUAUUACUAUAAUAAUACUGUCACAGUACUGUUGUUAUUACUAUAAUACUACUGUCAUAGUACUGUUAUUACUAUAAUACUACUGUCACAGUACUGUUGUUAUUACUAUAAUAAUACUGUCACAGUACUGUUGUUAUUACUAUAAUACUACUGUCACAGUACUGUUGUUAUUACUAUAAUACUGCUGUCACAGUACUGUUGUUAUUACUAUAAUACUGUCAUAGUACUGUUGUUAUUACUAUAAUACUACUGUCAUAGUAUUGUUAUUACUAUAAUACUACUGUCAUAGUACUGUUAUUACUAUAAUACUACUGUCAUAGUACUGUUAUUACUAUAAUACUACUGUCAUAGUACUGUUAUUACUAUAAUAAUACUGUCAUAGUACUGUUAUUACUAUAAUACUGCUGUCAUAGUACUGUUAUUACUAUAAUACUACUGUCACAGUACUGUUGUUAUUACUAUAAUACUAUGUCAUAGUACUGUUAUUACUAUAAUACUGCUGUCACAGUACUGUUGUUAUUACUAUAAUACUGAUGUCACAGUACUGUUGUUGUUACUAUAAUACUGCUGUCACAGUACUGUUGAUAUUACUAUAAUACUACUGUCACAGUACUGUUGUUGUUACUAUAAUACUACUGUCACAGUACUGUUAUUACUAUAAUACUGUCAUAGUACUGUUGUUAUUACUAUAAUACUGCUGUCACAGUACUGUUAUUACUAUAAUACUGCUGUCACAGUACUGUUGUUAUUACUAUAAUACUGCUGUCACAGUACUGUUGUUAUUACUAUAAUACUGCUGUCACAGUACUGUUGUUAUUACUAUAAUACUGCUGUCAUAGUACUGUUGUUAUUACUAUAAUACUGCUGUCACAGUACUGUUGUUAUUACUAUAAUACUGCUGUCAUAGUACUGUUGUUAUUACUAUAAUACUACUGUCAUAGUACUGUUGUUAUUACUAUAAUACUGCUGUCAUAGUACUGUUGUUAUUACUAUAAUACUGCUGUCACAGUACUGUUGUUAUUACUAUAAUACUGCUGUCAUAGUACUGUUGUUAUUACUAUAAUACUGCUGUCACAGUACUGUUAUUACUAUAAUACUGCUGUCAUAGUACUGUUGUUAUUACUAUAAUACUGCUGUCACAGUACUGUUGUUAUUACUAUAAUACUGCUGUCAUAGUACUGUUGUUAUUACUAUAAUACUGCUGUCACAGUACUGUUGAUGUUACUAUAAUACUACUGUCAUAGUACUGUUGUUAUUUCUAUAAUACUGCUGUCAUAGUACUGUUGUUAUUACUAUAAUACUGCUGUCACAGUACUGUUGUUAUUACUAUAAUACUACUGUCAUAGUACUGUUGUUGUUACUAUAAUACUACUGUCACAGUACUGUUAUUACUAUAAUACUGUCAUAGUACUGUUGUUAUUACUAUAAUACUACUGUCAUAGUACUGUUAUUACUAUAAUAAUACUGUCAUAGUACUGUUAUUACUAUAAUACUACUGUUACAGUACUGUUAUUACUAAAAUAUUCUGUCACAGUACUGUUAUUACUAUAAUAUUCUGUCACAGUACUGUUGUUUAUUAUUAUUAUUAUUAUUAUUAUUAUCACUUUCAGUCUGGAUGGAGCUGGGAAACUGCCCACCGGAUACGCUGUCAUAGAGGGACAUCCUGACCUCAGGUAAUACUACAAUACUACUUAAGUACUACCACAAUACUACUACAGUACUACAACUGAUAUUACUACUACUGUCAUAGAUGGACAUCCUGACAUCAGGUAAUACUACAAUACUACUACAGUACUACGACUGAUAUUACUACUACUGUCAUAGUAUAGACAUCCUGACCUACUACAAUACUACUACAGUACUACAACUGAUAUGCAGGUUGUUGUCUAUGACCCAGGAGCAUUGCAGAGUGGAGCCUCUCUCAGUGUCUGUCUGUCUCCCUGCAGGUUGUUGUCUAUGACCCCAGGAGCAUGGCAGAGUGGAGCCUCUCUCAGUGUCUGUCUGUCCCCCUGCAGGUUGUUGUCUAUGACCCAGGAGCAUGGCAGAGUGGAGCCUCUCUCAGUGUCUGUCUGUCCCCCUGCAGGUUGUUGUCUAUGACCCCAUGAGCAUUGCAGAGUGGAGCCUCUCUCAGUGUCUGUCUGUCCCCCUGCAGGUUGUUUUCCAUGACCCCAGGAGCAUGGCAGAGUGGAGCCUCUCUCAGUGUCUGUCUGUCCCCCUGCAGGUUGUUGUCUAUGACCCAGGAGCAUGGCAGAGUGGAGCCUCUCUCAGUGUCUGUCUGUCCCCCUGCAGGUUUGUUGUCCAUGACCCCAGGAGCAUGGCAGAGUGGAGCCUCUCUCAGUGUCUGUCUGUCCCCCUGCAGGUUGUUGUCUAUGACCCAGGAGCAUGGCAGAGUGGAGCCUCUCUCAGUGUCUGUCUGUCCCCCUGCAGGUUGUUGUCUAUGACCCCAGGAGCAUGGCAGAGUGGAGCCUCUCUCAGUGUCUGUCUGUCCCCCUGCAGGUUGUUGUCCAUGACCCCAGGAGCAUGGCAGAGUGGAGCCUCUCUCAGUGUCUGUCUGUCCCCCUGCAGGUUGUUGUCUAUGACCCCAUGAGCAUUGCAGAGUGGAGCCUCUCUCAGUGUCUGUCUGUCCCCCUGCAGGUUGUUUUCCAUGACCCCCAGGAGCAUGGCAGAGUGGAGCCUCUCUCAGUGUCUGUCUGUCCCCCUGCAGGUUGUUGUCUAUGACCCAGGAGCAUGGCAGAGUGGAGCCUCUCUCAGUGUCUGUCUGUCCCCCUGCAGGUUGUUGUCCAUGACCCCAGGAGCAUGGCAGAGUGGAGCCUCUCUCAGUGUCUGUCUGUCCCCCUGCAGGUUGUUGUCUAUGACCCAGGAGCAUGGCAGAGUGGAGCCUCUCUCAGUGUCUGUCUGUCCCCCUGCAGGUUGUUGUCUAUGACCCCAGGAGCAUGGCAGAGUGGAGCCUCUCUCAGUGUCUGUCUGUCCCCCUGCAGGUUGUUGUCCAUGACCCCAGGAGCAUGGCAGAGUGGAGCCUCUCUCAGUGUCUGUCUGUCCCCCUGCAGGUUGUUGUCUAUGACCCAGGAGCAUGGCAGAGUGGAGCCUCUCUCAGUGUCUGUCUGUCCCCCUGCAGGUUGUUGUCUAUGACCCAGGAGCAUGGCAGAGUCGAGCCUCUCUCAGGACAGCUGGACUACAGCCAAUAUCCCCUGGGAACACUACUGACUAUUAUACCUUACCAUGUGAGUACUCAUCCCUUACUCAUCCCCUACCGCAUUAGUACUCAACCCCUAUUCAGUCAUCCCCUACAGCAUUAGUACUCAUCCCUUACGCAUCCCCUAUUCACACUCAUCUCCUACCACGUUAGAACUCAUCCCCUAUUCACUCUCAUCCCCUACCACGUUAGUACUCAUCCCCUACUCAUUCUCAUCCCCUACCACAUUAGUACUCAUCCCCUACAUACUCUCAUCCCCUACCACAUUAGUACUCAUCCCCUACUUACUCUCAUCCCCUACCACAUUAGUACUCAUCCCCUACUUACUCUCAUCCCCUACUACAUUAGUACUCAUCCCCUACUACAUUAGUACUCAUCCCCUACCACAUUAGUACUCAUCCCCUACCACAUUAGUACUCAUCCCCUACUACAUUAGUACUCAUCCCCUACUACAUUAGUACUCAUCCCCUACUACAUUAUUACUCAUCCCCUACUUACUCUCAUCCCCUACCACAUUAGUACUCAUCCCCUACUACAUUAGUACUCAUCCCCUACAUACUCUCAUCCCCUACCACAUUAGUACUCAUCCCCUACUACAUUAGUACUCAUCCCCUACUUACUCUCAUCCCCUACCACAUUAGUACUCAUCCCCUACAUCCUCUCAUCCCCUACCACAUUAGUACUCAUCCCCUACUUACUCUCAUCCCCUACCACAUUAGUACUCAUCCCCUACAUCCUCUCAUCCCCUACCACAUUAGUACUCAUCCCCUACAUCCUCUCAUCCCCUACCACAUUAGUACUCAUCCCCUACCACAGUAACUUUAACACGAGUUGUCAUUGUACACUACUUUGACUCCAUGUCAGAGGUGUAAUGUAGGUGUGUGUGUCCAGGCGUGUGCGACGGCCAUGAUGCAUCCCGUGUACUACAUCCACUCUGAAGGCCGGCUGAUGGGAAAGUGGACACCCACGCGCGGCUGG